AUGAAAAUUAUAUGUGCAGGACUGUCAAAAACAGGAACUACAUCCAUGGCAAAGGCUUUAGAGAUACUGGGUUUUAAAGUCUACGAUUGGAAAGAACACGUGACGAUCCAUGUCGAUGAAUGGCUUGUUCUCUACUUGAAAGGUAAAACUCCUGACUUCGCUUCCAUGUAUAAAGAUGUAGAUGCUGUCACCGAUAUUCCAGCGAAUAUUAAUUUUUGGUAUGAAGAAAUCUUACAGGCCUUUCCAGACGCAAAGGUGAUUCUAAGUGUACGAGACAGCGAGGAUGCCUGGUUGAAAAGCUUUGUCAGAGAAAACGAUGUGGAAAUGUUAUCAAAUGAUGGAUUCCUGGUUAGGUGGUUGUUGAGGAACUGGUCUCACCCCAAAUACUAUGCACUGUUAUAUUGCUCGAAGCUUGCAGCGGUUGGCAGCUUACAAACAGUAGAAUCUACCGUUUUGCUCAGGAAAAAAUAUCGCGAGUACAAUGAACGAGUGCAGACCGUCAUUCCUAAGGAGCGACUCUUGGUGUACAACGUGAAACAAGGCUGA